CCGUUGUAGAAAGAGAACAAUUUAUUGUACCUUUCCUUUAAUUCAUCUUGAUCAAUGUAUGAAAAGAACUCUUAAUAAUAAUUAAUAAUAAAAAGGAACACCUAAUCGGGCCGAUUGAUUCUCCUAUUUGGUUGAUUGAGUUUAGUAAGAUCCUUUGUAAUUGUUGGCUAUUCUUCACAUUAGUUCAUUCUCAUGAUGCAACGUUAUGAUCGACAUUAGUGCAGUUUUCAUAGUUUAAUGUCUCUGAAUUUCAGUCCAUAUGAUCAAAGCCUCACCAAACUCCUUGGUGACUUGUACUACAAAACUCCUUCAAACGGCUUUGGAAUGAGCUCAGUGGGUCAAUACCAAGCUCAAGCAUUUGGUCUUUCUAUGUGUCGUGGUGACGUAUCAAGCAAAGACUGCAUGGCUUGUGUUGUUAAUGCUAGUGCUGAAAUUCGCAAGCGUUGUCCAAACAACAAGGCUGCGACUAUAUGGUACGACCAAUGUCUCUUGAAAUAUUCCAAUACUAACUUCUUUGGUCAAAUAGAUAAUCAGGUCAAGUUAUACAUGUGGAACUUGAACAAUGUGAGUGACCCGACAUCAUUUAACUUGGCAACCAAGAACUUGUUGAGCAAUUUGUCAGUCACGGCUUACACUGACCCAAAGUUAAUGUACGCUGCUGGUGAAACCAACCUAAAAGGUUCACACAAGAUUUAUGGACUGGUUCAGUGCACUAGGGACCUGUCACCAGAUGAGUGCAAGAAUUGUUUAGAUUCUGCAAUCAGUGAACUUCCGAGCUGUUGUGAUGGGAAGCAAGGUGGGAGAGUUAUUAGUGGAAGUUGUAACAUUAGAUAUGAGAUAUAUCCAUUUACAAGUGUGUCGUAAAAGCUCAGUUAUAGCUUAAAAAUUUGUUGCUUAAUUCUUAAAUCUAUUUGAUUUAUUCAUUAUUUGUUAAGUUCUGAAAUCAAAAGUUGGUGUUGUCCCUUGUUUGUAUGCCGUCUAUAUAUCAUUCUUCAUAAUCUCUAGUUUAUCAUGAAA